AUGGUGAUACUGGACCUGGGCAUCUGGAUCAUUCCCUUCACACUGCUCAUCGCAUCAUGCAGGAGAUUGACGCAUCUCAUCGUCAAGCUUCGGAAACUGCAGGAGAGUGUGGGUGUGGGUGUGGGUGUGGUGGGCAGCCCCUAG